UGUGAGGAGACGACGAUGGCGUCGGCGGCGCCUCGGAUCCUGUGAGGGCCGACCGGCCGCCCCAUCCGCUUCAUGGCCGCGCCGGCCGCAGGAGGAGGAGGAGGAGGAGGGCGGAGGCCACGGUGAAGAAGGAGGGCCUGGGGAAUGGCUGCCACCGCCGAGCUCUUCGAGGAGCCGUUCGUGGCAGAUGAGUACAUCGAGCGCCUGGUAUGGAGAACCCCCGGAGGAGGCUCCAGAGGAGGAGCCGAAGCUUUUGAUCCCAAAAGACUACUGGAAGAGUUUGUAAAUCAUAUCCAAGAACUCCAGAUUAUGGACGAAAGGAUUCAGAGAAGGGUUGAGAAACUAGAGCAGCAGUGUCAGAAAGAAGCCAAGGAAUUUGCCAAGAAAGUACAAGAGCUGCAGAAAAGCAAUCAGGUUGCCUUCCAGCACUUCCAAGAACUAGAUGAGCAUAUCAGCUACGUGGCAACUAAGGUCUGUCACCUUGGUGACCAGCUGGAGGGGGUCAACACGCCCCGCCAACGGGCUGUGGAAGCGCAGAAGCUGAUGAAGUACUUUAAUGAGUUUCUGGAGGGAGAGUUGAAGUCUGAUGUUUUUACAAACUCUGAAAAGAUAAAGGAAGCCGCCGACAUUAUUCAAAAGUUGCACCUGAUUGCACAGGAGUUACCUUUCGAUAGAUUUUCAGAUGUGAAAUCCAAAAUAGCAAGUAAAUACCAUGAUUUAGAAUGCCAGCUGAUUCAGGAGUUUACCAACGCUCAAAGGAGGUCUGAAAUCUCCCGAAUGAGAGAAGUAGCAGCCGUUUUGCUCCACUUCAAGGGUUAUUCCCACUGUGUUGAUGUCUAUAUAAAGCAGUGUCAGGAGGGUGCCUACCUGAGAAACGAUAUAUUUGAAGAUGCAGCAGUACUUUGCCAGCGUGUGAACAAGCAAGUGGGCGAGAUCUUUAGUAGUCCAGAAGCUGUGCUGGCCAAACUUAUACAAAAUGUGUUUGAAAUCAAACUUCAGACUUUUGUGAAGGACCAGUUGGAAGGCUGUAGGAAGUCUGAUGCAGAGCAGUACCUCAAAAAUCUCUAUGAUCUGUACACGAGAACGACCAACCUUUCCUGCAAGUUGAUGGAGUUUAAUUUAGGAACAGAUAAGCAGACUUUCUUAGCGAAGCUUAUCAAAUCCAUUUUCCUGUCCUACCUGGAUAAUUAUGUCGAGGUGGAAACCGGUUAUUUGAAAAGCCGCAGCGCGAUGAUCCUGCAGCGCUAUUACGAUUCCAAAAACCAUCAGAAGAGAUCUAUCGGUUCAGGCGGUAUUCAAGAUCUAAAGGAGAGAAUUAGACAGCGUACAAAUUUACCCCUGGGACCAAGCAUCGACACCCACGGCGAAACCUUUUUGUCCCAAGAAGUGGUGGUUAAUCUCUUACAAGAAACGAAGCAAGCCUUUGAAAGGUGUCACAGGCUCUCCGACCCAUCUGAUUUGCCAAGGAAUGCGUUUAGAAUUUUUACCAUUCUUGUGGAAUUUUUGUGUAUCGAGCACAUUGAUUAUGCCUUGGAAACAGGACUUGCAGGAAUUCCUUCUUCUGAUUCCAGAACCGCAAACCUGUACUUUUUGGAUGUCGUUCAACAGGCCAAUACUAUUUUUCAUCUCUUUGACAAGCAAUUUAAUGAUCAUCUCAUGCCUUUGAUUAGCUCUUCUCCAAAACUGUCUGAAUGCCUUCAGAAGAAAAAAGAUAUAAUCGAACAAAUGGAGAUGAAACUGGACACCGGCAUCGAUCGGACACUGAAUUGCAUGAUAGGACAGAUGAAACACAUCUUGGCUGGCGAGCAGAAGAAAACUGAUUUCAAGCCAGAAGAUGAAAACAACGUCUUGAUUCAGUACACUAAUGCCUGUGUCAAAGUGUGCGGCUAUGUCAGGAAGCAGGUGGAAAAGAUAAAAAAUUCCAUGGACGGGAAGAACGUGGACACUGUCCUGAUGGAGCUGGGAGUGCGUUUCCACCGACUUAUUUACGAGCACCUACAGCAAUAUUCUUACAGUUGCAUGGGUGGCAUGUUAGCGAUCUGCGAUGUGGCUGAAUACCGAAAGUGUGCCAAAGACUUCAAGAUUCCGCUAGUAUUGCAGCUUUUUGACACACUGCACGCCCUCUGCAACCUUCUGGUCGUGGCCCCCGAUAACUUGAAGCAGGUCUGCUCGGGAGAACAGCUUGCCAAUCUGGACAAGCACAUACUCCACUCCUUUGUGCAGCUCCGCGCUGACUACCGAUCCGCCCGCCUGGCUCGCCACUUCAGCUGAAGCCGAGCCGGCAAGAGAUGGGCCGCGAGCUGAGCCCAGCCCUGAACUUUGAAAAGCACAGCGGGUUUGGCACCAGAAGUCUCGGUUGUUGUUUUUUUUUUAUUGCGCGGGGGGAGUUGGACGGCAAAGUAGCAGCCAAGUUUCAACCUGAUUUUUGCUUAAGUGAAUGAAAGGAGCUCCGUCGUCCCUACUUGACACUCUUGUCCCCAGGUAGUUCCAUUCCACUUUUGCGGCUGCAGGAAUUCAGUGUUGGAGAGAGAGUUUGUCACUCGUUUUGUUCUGGAAUAUGUUCCGGUGUGGGGGGCGAGGCUCCGUUGGGGUUUCUUUCACUACUCUAGAUGGGCUCUGGUUUCCCCCCUCUGAUAAAGAACUGAGCCAAAGCCUUCUUCUCCGGUUUAAUAUCUUGGAACUUCAGCCCAGCUGAUCGUGAAUCAAAUGAGUUCAGACGUUUCUGGAUCAUUUUUUCCUCUUUCUGACGGCUUUUAAUUUGCUGAAUGGAAAGGUGACAGCCGCACGACAAAGAUGUGGUUUCUUCUGUGCACCAAUAAAUGACCUCACAAGGUGGGUGAAAAGUUGGAUGCAGGCCGUAGGCCGGAGGACUCCCGGGACAGUUUUGAUUUCUAGUUUUACCUCUGGUACUCUGGUUUACACAGUACACUAAUGUUCACCUUUUCCUAAUAAACGAAUUCAGCCCCGCUGCAGGGGAGCGAGCAUUUUUUAAAGCCCCACUUCUGUUGGUUCUCUUUCAAGCUCACAAAGGAAAGAUGUGGAUGAGCACGGCUGGAAUCUGCACACAAGUAAACUGUGUGCGUACCCAUAUUUAACAACACUGCAACCUUUUAAAGCUUUUUGUCGCGCAGCGCUGCACACCGGCCAAGUACCGAGAGACGGACGAUUGCCCCGAAACGUCUUCCCUUCCAUUUAAUGGAUUGGGGAAUUGAAACACAAGUGAAAUCACUCGAAUCUUGGAAACAGAUCAGGUUAGCCCGAGUUUGGCCGCCUCCCGUCCAAUUUCUGCCUUCCUCUGGCCUCCGGGCAUAUAAACGUGUAAUCCAUGCCAGAAACACGAAUCUAGCUGAUGUAGCGUGGUGAUGGUAAAGUAUCUUGGUAACUUUCCCAAUAAAAGGAAAUCUGAAAGAUAACCGGAGCGUCGCUCUACAAAACCAGCCUGCUUCUGAAUGUGCUCUUUCAGUGGUUAGUCCCUCUCCCAAUUUCCCCCAAACACAUUAUCUCCCACGGUCUUCUCAUGCUCGCUACCUCUUCUUACAGGAUUUCUUCCCCCCCCCCCCGCAGUUUUGGCAGACGGGUUUUCUUCUGAAAAAAUCCGUUCUUCAGUGUUCAGUUAUCCUUCUCCAAAUCCCUAAAACUUCCAGGCUCAGACACCAUUGCCAGCCAGUAGUUCUGCACCGCCACCAGCCCGCCCGGUUCUCCUUCACUGUCUUAGCACAGUAUUAUCGAGGUAAGCGAGGGAGAUGCAUUUUGCCAGGUUCCUGUCAAAGCUUUCCGGGAAAUUGCAGCCGCAUCAGAGAGCUGCAGAGUUCUUCCGCUCGUCGGCCAGAACGGAGCCGUAGCGCGCUUCGGACCCUGGAGAAAGGCGUAGGCAUAUACAGCUGCCAUUUCAAAAAGCUCUGUUGCGCAUUCAGAUACCUCUGUCGCUUAAAAGCCAAGAAUUUUAAGGCAGUGGUUUUGCUGGCCAUUUAAAGAUCUCCGUACAAAGUGUCAAUUUGUAAACACUCCACAUGUAAUUAAAUAAACGUUUUAAGACUUCCAACCCGGGUGUGGUUCGAAAUCAUUUUGUGACUAUUUUGAAUUCAUCCUCAAAAGGUGUAAAACAUAUUUUCAUUGUUUCUUAAAUCCUUUGUUAGGUGUUUUUUCUAUGCUCGAGUCCUGUGCGGUAUACCUUCCCGCCCGGCCCAAAAGAGGUCGGUGACCGAAGACCCAAGGCGAAUGCUUACAGUGUUGCCCUAUAAACAUUUUGGCUCAAUAAACACAUUGACUCGA